GUUGAAUCGAUUUUGUAAUAGUUUGACUUUUGCGUAGCUAGUAGUUCCCGGUGACUCGUAGGUAGAAUGCGAACGAGAUGAGAUACUUUCGGCGUUUACUACUCUACCUGGUGCUUGCUGGCCUGGUGACUUUCAUUAUUUUUGGAGGAGGAUUAAUUCUGUUUAGACACACUAGGAAAUUAUCAAGCUACCAAACUUGGAGCGCAGAUCUGAAGUUUCUAAUUCAGCCAUACGGACUUCGCGCUGAUAAAAGCGUGCUCAUAUGUAUUAUAUCAAACGUUAAAGAUUCAGAAAAACGCCACGCAAUUCGACAGAGUUGGGGAGCUACCCAAUGGUUACAAGUUGUUUUUGUCACGGGCCUUCCGGUGGGACCAAAUGCGCUCGAUCAGCUGAAAGCUCUUCGCGGCGAGGCCAGUUUACACAACGAUAUAGUUCAGAUUAAUGUCCAUGAGCAUUAUCGUAAUUCAACAUUGAGAUCUAUCGCCUUGGUGCGGUGGGCUGCGCAGGCGGCACGCGUGACCGACUAUCGAUUCGUAAUUAAGACGAAUGAUGACAAUUUCGUCAAUACAUAUCUUCUGCGAUCAUACAUGGAUCACUUUACCGAUGGCUAUUUGUAUGGUAUAUACCAAAAAGAUGUGAAGGUACAACGAUGUCAUAACAGUGGUUGUAGUAAGCAAGCUCUUCGCAAGGAUGAGUAUUAUCCUGACGUGUUUCCACCAUACCUAAGUGGACUAUUUUAUAUAUUCACUGAGGAUGCAUUGAAUCGAAUAAAUAUUCAUUUAUUUGAACCUCCGCUCAUAAUAGUCGAGGAUGUAUACAUUACUGGACUAGUUGCUGGCCGAGCUGGAGUUUCCCGUCGCAGUAUCCCUGAGAACCUUAAAAUCUACAGCGGCUUUCCCCACAGCGACGUAAUAACGAGCCUGAAUGACAGUCUCCUUGUACAAUCGAAUUGUGAUUUACAGUGGCAGAUGGGCUACUGGAAACACGUAAUCCUGCUCCUAGAUGGUUUAGGCUAA